AUGCCCACUUUUAAUCGCCAGGCACCGCAUGCGGCCGCGCCCUUGGUCGUCCCCGCCGUUGCAGCACCCGUCGCCACAGCGCCGGCGGCCGUCGCCACGGCGCCGACCGCGGUGCCGGCGCCGGGGCAGACGGCAGGGGCGCAGCAAACACGCCUCUCUGCGGCACCCUGGCACCAAACGGGCCAGACGGGAAACGAAGGUUGGGGCAUCAAUGGAGCAGCGCCGGGUCAGACUUUCAGCAAGGCUCCGCCGGUACCUCCUCCUUCCAAGACGGAGAACGCCGCCAAAGAGGAGGAUUUGGCACAGGCACUUUCCAGCCAUUUGCAAAACCCCUCGCAAGCUCCCAGCGCUGAGCUACUUCAGGCCUUGGCUCGGGUCGCCAAAAUGGAGGACGAGGUGCCAAAGGCUGAGCCCUCGAAUUCCUCCAAGCCGCCAGCGUUCGACUCGUGGGAGGAGAAGCCUCCCGGGCCCCCUGCGGAAAUGCCACCUGCAGCCGUGCCGAGCCGGUCCUUUGGGGCGCCCCAUCAGGAGCCGCCCCCUCCGCCGCCUGAGCCGGAGCAUGGCCACCGAACUGGUCCCGGCGCCGGGAGCUACCGUGGGGCGGCCCUGCAACAACUCACAAGAAGUGCUCUGAGUGCUGCAGGCACUAGUCCUGAAGCUCAGGCAGCGGCCAAAGCAGCUGUGGAGUUGCUGGGCGACGACGUUUUUUGA